AAGACGCAACGGAGCCCAGCCCCCGCCGUCCUUCCACUCUGACUGACGACUCUGAACCGCGACGCGAGACGAGAGAGAGGCGCAUACAGGCGCAGGCGGCGGCUGAGGAUCGUCGGAGAAGACCCAUCGAAGACGACGAAGAUGGCCUCCGCGUACGCGUCGUGGUCCAAGAGGUGGAUCCGCCCCGAGGUGUACCCGCUGUUCGUGCCGAUGGCGGCGGCGCUGGGAAUCUGCUCGUACCAGCUGGUGCGCAACAUCACGGGCAACCCGGAGGUGCGGGUGACCAAGGAGAAGCGGGCGGCGGGCGUGCUGGACAACCACGACGAAGGGGAGAAGUACGCCAUGCACGGCCUCCGCAAGUUCGUCCGCGGGAAGAAGCCCGAGAUCAUGGCCUCCAUCAACUCCUUCUUCGCCGACCCGCCCAAGGACGGCUAGCUAGGCGGAUCCAUCCAUCGGCAUGCACAUCCAGAUUUUCGGAUUUUUAUAUAUUUUCUCAUGAGAUUUAUCAUUCAUUACCACCGGCGACGGCGGCGGCGGCCUUGAAUCCCUAGUCGUCGGUAGAUUUUUGUUCUGUAUUCUAAUUUCGAUCCCUAUAUAUAUAAUUAAAUGGAAGAACAUUCAUUUGUGUGUU